AUGGCGCACCCCCACACCCUCACCAUCAUCCUAAUAGCAUCCCUCCUCCCCCUCACCACAGCGCAAACAACCUCGCCCUCGCCCUCGCCAUCCCCGCAAAUCAACAACCACCUCUCCAAAAACACGAAAAUCGGAAUCGCAUACGGUAUCAGCGCGACAUGCGGUGCGAUCAUUAUAUCCGCGAUAGUGGUGCUGUUGUGCUGCGUGCGGCGGAGACAUCGGAUGGAGAGUGGGUUGGAGGAGGCGGAGAGUGAGGGGGGUGAGGGUGAGGGUGAGGGGGUGGUGGGUGGGAAGGAGGGGGAGACGAAGGAGGUUGGGGGGACGUGA